AUGCUUGCUCUCCAGCUCCUGUUCAGGGCCAGCCCUGCAGCCCUGCUUCUGGUUCUCUGCCUGCAUCUGGGGAUCAGCACAGCUCAGGAAGACAUUCGAAAGGCGAUAAUACUCGAUAUGGACCUGCCACAGACAGCAAGAGCAGGUGACGAGGUCACCUUGACACUUAAAGUUCGGACAGAAUUGAGAGAAUGUAUGGUGAUUAAAACUUACCUCAUAAGCAGCAAGCCAAUUGAUGGUGCCUUCAACUAUAAAUACACGUCUUGCCUCUGUGAUUAUCCAAAAACCUUCUACUGGGACUUCCAGAGCAACAGCACUGUACGAAUCGCAGCAGUGGUUGACAUUAUUAGAGAGCUGAAUAUCUGCCCUGAAGAUCUAGCAGUGAUACCUAUCCGAGAAAAUCGGGUUUAUGCUUUAGAUACCCUGUACAUAAACUAA